AUGGCUUCGGUGAUGAUCGGCCUGUGGCAACUAGCUAUUUCGAUGAUUAUCUUCUCUCAUAUCUCAGCAGCCUAUCCUUCUUUGGAGAGACAUCAGAGGCAAGCUGAAGCCAGGGUAGCAGAUUACCUGGGCACACUGAGAGAGCUUGAAAGGACACACAACUUACUUCAAAGCAUAAUGAAUUCCAAGCGCAGAGACCCAAAUACAUUCAGAGCGAGGGAUGUGUCUGGCUUUGCUGAUAACCUCAUUGGUGACUGGAAGAAUUCAGAAGAGACUUGUUUGCAGAUUGUGCAAAAACUUAAUGCAAGACCGUCUUGGACCUGCGUGCUCCUCCUGAUGGUGACGGUAAUUCAUGUUCAGGCACAGACGACAGAUUGUCAUGUCAAUAACAACAGUCCUCAGAUAGAGGAGAACAACCUUCCUGGGCAGGUGGUUACCACCAUUGAGAAAGGCCCCGGUGUCACAGUCACCAUUGAUCCUACAUCAGAGUACCCUGGUUUUUUUGAGAUUAAUGGUACACAGCUAAUCCUGAAACAUUCUUUGGAUUAUGAGACUACAUCCGCAAUAUAUGUAAGGCUGAACUGCUGGAGCAGUGGUGUGGAAAUAAAUACUGUGGACAUAACUGUGUUUGUUAUAAACGUGAAUGACAACUCUCCUGUGUUCAAAGAAGCUAAUAUCACCGUCAGUAUUAGUGAGGAUACCAAAGUGAACACAACUGUUGUGCCCCAGGGGAAUGUAACUGCUACUGAUGCUGACUUAGACACAGUAUUUUACAGCCUUACAGGAAGUCCACUGGAAGCAACAGACUAUUUUAAUAUACAAGGAGUUAAUAACCCAGCAAUAUACUUGCACAAGGCGCUGGACUAUGAAAAAAUAAACUUAAUGCAGUUGACUUUAUAUGCCAUGGACGGGACUGCCGGUGCAGUAGGUGUUCACACAGCCACGGCAACGAUAACCAUACAUGUCCUACAGGCUGACCUCAGACCUCCCUGGUUUCAGCCGUGCAUUUUCAUUGCAGACAGCAAAGUGUGUGUUAAUCGUGGCUACACUGGCAAGGUCAACAUCUCAGAGAUGGUGGUACAGCCCUUGAUUCUGAAUCCAGGACCUCUCUAUGCUGUAGAUGGGGACGUAAGUUUGAAUGAAAAAGUAGAAUAUCGCAUAGUUGAUGGAAACGACAAUGACACAUUCUCUGUAAACAGAGACACUGGGAACAUAACAAUGAACAAGCCUGCAAAUACUCUAAGAACGUUUAUGUUGUACAUCAUGGCUUCCCAAGCCAAUAAUCCAUUCAGAUUUUCCCAAACUACAGUGGAAAUCAACGUUGUGCGUAGAAAUGAUCACGAGCCCUACUUCGAGAAGACCACAUACUUAGGAACGGUGUCUGUGGAGCUACCUCCUUUCAGCCUGGUCAUGGAUGCUGGAAUACCUUCAAGGCCCCUGCGGAUCUUUGCUGCUGACGAAGACUUUCCUGAUAACGUCAAUCCUGAUAUCACAUACCAAAUCCAAAACAGCACAAAUUUCACUGUUGUUCAAGAUGGAUUCCUCCUGACUACCGAGGUUCUGAACUCAGCCUCCACCGUAACACUUUUGGCUGUUGCCAUUGAUAAGACAACUCUGGAAGAGGCAAAAACACGGAUCAUUAUAGAUGUCACACCUUUGGCAAGUACAACCACUGUUCCCACCACAACUACCACCACCACAUCUGCCCCAAACAGCCAAGAGACAAGGACCACUAUUUCAAAUCCCUCAGGUCCAUCAUUAACAACGGGUAUAAAUAACACUCUAUCUACAUUUCCUUCUGGAUCCUCAACAAUACUUCCUGCAAGUACAACAAGUAAUGCUGGUCUCACAGGAAGUACUGGGUCAAAUACAGCAUCUGGACCCAUCAUUCCUCCUUUCGCAACUACAAUAAAUUCUCCCAUCAUUACAGCGAACACUUCACAGUCUCAGACCACCAAAUCUCCCACGACAGGGAUCAGCCAAGCAAGCAGAACUAGUAAUGUUGGUCUCACAGCAUCUGGAUCCAUCACCCCACCUUUGGUAACUACCGUGAUGUCUCCGAUCAUUACAGUGAACACUUCACAGUCUCCGACCACUAGUUCUCCUGUAACAAGAACAAGCCAAGCAACAAUUCAUCCUCUUCCGACAACUACUCGAACCACAACUGCUUCUCAGGCUGGAUCUACAAAGUCUCCCACAGCUGCAACAGAUGUGGUUUCACUGUCAACUGCUAGAAUAACUUCACAGUCUGAAAACACCACGUCUUCAACAACAACCACCACCACCACCAGCAGGACUACUCAAUCCACUGCUCAUUCUUCAUCAGCAGUAAAAACUCCCCAGUCCACAAGUCUGACAUCUACAUCUACCACAACACAUGUCACCGCAGCAACCACUGCCUCAGCAACAUCAGGCUCUGAGUCCUCUCCAGAAAAAACAGAUGAAAAUUGUGAAAAAACGAACAUUAUUCUUGGUGCCACUUUGGGGAGUUUAUUAGCAAUUUCAUUGGUCCUGCUCGGACUGACCUGCCUGUAUUACAAAAGAUUAAUGAACCAGAGAGGUGGAGCAGAUGGCGACCAACUCUCAUCGGGCUCCACCAAUCACUCCUUCCAAGAUGACGAUAUGCCUGAUUCAGGUGAAAAUGAUGAUACAUCAUUAGCAAGAGAUGAGUCUGAGAGCGAUGAUCCAAGGGUGCCGUUGGGUACCCCACCUCCCUCGAAGAAGGCUAUGGAAAGCAGCCAGGCACCAUCAACUUCUUCAAGGAUAGAGGAAGGUGACGAAGGGGAGGGCAGCAAUGACAGUGAAAAGGAAGUCAAAUCCAUUCUCACUAAAGACAGGAGGGUGGAGGAUGACGGAUAUAAGGCGGUGUGGUUUAAAGAAGACACUGACCUGGAUGCUAAGGAUGACGUUGUGAUGAUUGAAGCUGAUAGUGAUAUAGAUCAGAAUGACGAUGGUGGUGACGAUAGAGAUGAUGAAUAUGAGGGUGAUGACAGAGACUACGGCAGAGGUAGCAGCGAUAUAGCCUUCGUUCCAGAAGUCCUCUCAGGAGAUGUUCCUGAUGACCAUUUUUUUUAA